CCUGGACAUGCAGGAAGGAGAUCUUGUGACACAUCACCCCGAGGAAGGAAGACUGAAGGUCGGUCACUGAGAUAAGCAUGAAGGGGCUGCAGAAACUCACAGCAUCUGCCCUGGCCUUGCUCCUGGCAGCAUCCUUCAUCGCCUUCUCCUGGAGUGCCCCUCAGGCUCAUUUCCAAAGAAGAAACUGGACUCCUCAGGCCAUGCUCUAUUUGAAGGGUGCACAGGGACGUCGCUUCAUCGCAGAUGAGAGCCAGAGGAAGGACCUGUAUGACAGAGUGCAGCUUGAUACACGCAGCCAUAACACAAAUCCUUUAUCUCUUCCUGAAGCUGCUGCACUGUUCCUCACUGCCUUACAGAAAGCACAAGAAGUGGAAGAAGAAAACAGUGACCACCCUGGCUACUUGACAGACAAUCUUUCAAACUGGUGAAAUUAUUUAAAAUGUGUUUAACAUUUGUACAGCUUUGAGCCUGAAAGCAUAACUUGUGCAAGUAGAGUGUUUCAUCCAUUCUCACUGAGGUUCCCAAAGGGUGAGGUGUUUUGACAGUGCAAAAUUUUGAAUCCAAAGGCAUUAAAAGGUACCAGUUCAGAUAAGGAAAGCAUCUGUAAAGUUCCUGUUUUCUUUAGAGCAUUUUGUAUGUCCCAUCUGAAAUUUAAAACGUAUGGUACCAUCUCACCUGAAAAGAUGGUUAAAACUCUUUUUUUGGACAACCACUUCAUUAAAAAGUUUUUCAAUUGUCAUUGGGAAACCUUUUACCACCUUCCACUUAGCUGAAUAUUGAAGCUUUUUAAACUCUGAUAAAGACAGAUUCCAUUACCACUUCAUUGGUGGCCCUGUAAGAUGCUGAUGGUCAAAAAAUUCAGUGAGGUAUAAAAACAUUGCAGCUAUCUGCAGCUGCAAAGCUGGUGAAUUUUGGUUUUGUUGGGUUUUUUUUGUUUUGUUUUGUUUUUUUUUUCUUUUUUUUUUGGCAGAUAUCAGUCAGCACAGAGAAUAGGCAGCAGCAUUUAUUGCCCCAGUUCACUCCUGCAGAAAUACUCUGCAGUAUUCAAUAAUCCUACUGAGCAAGUCCCAGCACACAAAGGCAAUUUAGGGACAUGUCUUGCACUAUCAGGGCCUCAUUUACAACUGCAUUGUGAUUGUAUUUUUUUUUUCUGAGUUACAGAACUGGAAUUAUGCAUAAAUCUAUUAAUUAUCAUUUUAUGCUGAUAAGGAUGUAUUAUUUAUAUAUUUCUGUGGUCUUACUGGAAAGCCCUCUGUACUUCUGAUGUAAUUAAA